UCCACCCACAGGCAAACCUUUAUGGUUUUUUUGGCCCCGCCCCAUCCUCCGAGCUACCCUGGGUCUCGCCCCGCCCUACUACGUCCCUUCUCGUGAACACAGAACUUUCCUGGGCCCGCCCUUUCCCGCUGCUCCGCCGCGGUGGCUUGCGUCACAUCCGGCUCCGCAGUCGGCGAGCCAGCCAGCCUCUCUCGGUCUUAGUCUUUGCGAAGCGCGAGUUUCGCGUGCGCCUGGGCAUGACAUCCCCGGAGGGGGUGAGCGCUCUGGCUGAAGGCGCGGAACCGGCACCGUGGGCGGAGCUGGAGGUCCCCGCUCGCCUCCUACUGCAGGCGCUGCAGUCGGGGCCAGAUGGGGCGCGGCGCGGUCUCGGGGUGCUGCGGACGCUGGCCGACCGUGGCGGGGAGCCCUUCUGUUGGGGCCGCCUCCUCGAGGCGCUGUGCCGGGAGGAACCGGUUGUGGAGGGCCCAGACUGCCGCCUGGAGCUGAAACCACUGCUACUGCGAUUGCCCCACUUAUGUCAGAGGAACCUGAUGUCCCUGCUGAUGGCUGUUAGGCCAUUGUUGCCUGGAAGCAAGCUCCUCCCUGUGCUUCAGAUUGCCCAGCAGAACUCAAGUCCUAACCCUGAUAAGUGGCUUCAGGCCCUGGGGGAAUUUAUUCAUAGAGAUCUGGAGCCUGGAGCUUCCACUGAGGGAAAAUCCCCAUUAUCUAAAAGUUGCCAGAAACAGCUCCAAGGCCUGUGUAGGCAGCUGGGCCAGGGGGGCAGGAGCUUGAAGUUGUCCCAGCCUCCAGACUCCCAAGAGAAACAGGAGGAAAAGAAGGACUCCCACUGGCCUGGGAAACGCAGAAAGGAACCAGAGGAAGAGCCCGCCAGUGCCGAAGGUGAGAGGACUCCCAAAAGAUUCCGGUGUUUGGAAAAGGAGAAAGAAGUUGAUGGGCAAGAGAGACCUGAGCGUGAAUCACUGGACCCUCUGGCAGAUGAAGGCAGUGCAUCACCUAUUAAGAAGCAGCCCAUCGUGGGGACUGAGCACAGUGAACCUGCUCAGAGUCCAGUGGAUGCUAAGGACCUAGCUGAAAGGUUGGAAUUACCCAAAGCUAUUCAGGACCAGGUUCCCAGACUGCAGCAACUACUAAAGACUUCCCGGGAGGGAUUGGAGGACACCCCUCCAGUUGAGCUGCAGCUUCUUCAUGAAUGCAGUCCCAGCCAGAUGGACCUGCUUUGUACCCAGCUGCAGCUGGCCCAGCUCUCAGACACAGGUCUUCUGCAGCUUUGUACCUGGCUGCUGGCCCUUUCACCAGAACUUAGCAUCAGCAACUCUACUGUACUGAUCAGGAGUCUCUUUCUUAGUCGGAUUCUCUCCCUAACUUCCUCAGCCUCCCGCCUGCUCUCAACUGCCUUGGUCUCCUUCUCUGCCAAAUAUGCCUACUCUGUUUGCAGAGCACUCCUUGGCCCUGUGCUCCAGGAUCCAGGAAUAGGUCCAGCUCAAACAGAGUUACUAUGUUGCUUGAUGAAGGACAGGGCUCUGGAGCCAGACACACAGGUUCUGUUGCUGGGACAGAUCUUAGAACUGCCCUGGAAGGAGGAGACGUUUUUGGUGUUGCAGGCACUUCUGGAGCAACAGGUGGAGAUGACCCCUGAGAAGUUCAGUGUCUUAAUGGAGAAACUCUGUAAAGAGGGUCCAGCAGCCACCACAUCCAUAUCCUAUGCCAAGCUCAUGCUGACAGUGAUGAACAAGUAUCGGGCCCAUAUCACUGAGACCCAGAGGCUGGACCUGGCCACAGCCCUCAAGCCCAACACCACUUUCUUGAGGAAGUCCCUUCAAGCCUCCCUGAGACAUCUGGCCUCCUGAUCAUCCACCAGAGGACCACUCCUAGAGUUCCUUUACCAGAUUCUUGAAGGAUACUUCUGCCUUCAGCACUUUAGCUAGUCACCCUUUCUAAGGCUGCCUCAGGGACCAAUUGCCUCCCUCUUCCAGGCUGUGGCGGGGCCAUUUUGGCUUCCCAGCCAGCGGGGAGGGUGUUAGGCUGAGGGUCAUGGAUGAGAACUGUAUUUUCUUUCUUAUUUUUUAAUAUUUAUUUAUUUAUUCCCUUUUGUUGCCCUUGUUGUUUUAUUGUUGUUGUAGUUAUUAUUGUUUUUGUUGAUGUCAUUGUUGUUGGAUAGGACAGAGAGGAGGGGGAGAGAAAGAUAGACACCUGCAGACCUGCUUCACUGCCUGUGAAGCGACUCCCCUGCAGGUGGGGAGCUGGGGGCUCGAACCGGGAUCCUUACUCUGGUCCUUGUGCUUUGUGCCAUCUGCGCUUAACCCACUGCGCUACCGCCCAACUCCUGAGAACUGUAUUUUCAAGAGCUGCUGGUCCUAGGUUUAGUCUUCAUCCCUUCUACCUCAUGCUGUAGUGACAGAAACUGUCUGGUAGGCCCCAGUAGGAUCAAAGCAGGCUCAGAAUAGAUAAAUGAUGUGCUAAGAGUCCUGAAGGACCUGUGUACACUGUACAAAUCUAAUUUACUAACUCGGCCUGUAACUUCUUAAAAAAAUUAAAAUGUUGUGUUCA